GCUGGGGCGCAAGGCAGGGUGUGAGCCGCGGCUUGGGAUGUACUUGGGACGGGCAGAGAAGAGGAUUCUGGGCCAUACGGCUGAUGAGAGGUGUUCAUGAUGUUGUUGGCCAUGCGAUUUCGUUUGGGGAAUAUGCGACGGGCGUGCGGUCACCUCGGGCGGCUGAAAGGUCAAGCUUAGCCGCACAGAAUACUACUAUUAUGAAAAGAAGACGAACCUCCAAAACACGAACCAUAUAUCUCAUUCGUGGCAUACCUCUCCUCCUAUAGCUCCGACCGCAGACCCUACCACCCCAGCCGAUCUCCCAGAAAAGAUACGCUCUGUUAUGCGACUAUUACCACACUCUGUUGUCGUCUGCACAUCAACACAUGGAGAUACACCAAGAGCAAUGACAAUGUCGUCGUUUACAUCACUCACUCUUUCUCCCACUCCGCUAAUAUCGUUCAACAUUGCCACGCCGAGCCGAACGCUAGACGCCAUAAUAGCGAGCCGUCACUUCAACAUACACGUCAUGUCCGGGGACGAAUUGGGCGUGGAAGUAGCAGAUAGAUUUACAAAAGGAAACACGGAAGACGUGUUUGAUGGGAUAGAGUACGAUGCGAACAAGAUGGACGGAGGAGCUCCCCUGCUAAAGGAAGAGGGGGUCAUUUACGCGCUCAGGUGCAGGUUAUUACCAGACGAGCCGACGAGGGGACUGAUGAGAGUGAGGGACCAUGUCAUUGUCGUGGGAGAAGUGGUGGAACUCAUAUCCGGGAGCCACGCAAACAACCACAAGUUUGGGCUGUCGUAUGCGGAUCGAAAGUAUCGCCAGGUCGGAAGGGUGAUUUCACAAGACUAGAGUGAAGGCGAGACAAAAAACAAAGACCAGGGUCUGCUGCAUGAGAAAAGAAAAGCGAGUAUAAUGGAAUUGGAUAGAAACGGAUAGAUGGAUGGAAAACUGUAAGAUUACACGUAACGAGAACAAAUGCAAGGCGUCGGAUCGGAUGCGUGAACAGCAUCCAUGUC